AUGGCGGAGAAGAUUCACAAAACCCCAAGCUCGGGGGACAGCUCCUCGAUUGUCAAUGCGGAGAAGGACUUGAACAGUUCUAAGAACUCCCAUCUUCUGAGAACCACCUCGGUGGAGACCAAGGCCACUCAGGACUCCAAGAUCAUCGAAAAGUCUUUUGGUGUGAGAAAAUCCGAGAUCUUGGUCAAACAGUACGAUUCCAAGACCCUCAAGGGGAUCUACUUCUUUGCCAUUUUCAUUGCCAUGUUCGUGCAAACCAUGGAAGGCAGUGCUACUGACGUUUUCAUUGGUUACGCUACCAACUCCUACAAGCAGCACUCGUUGAUGACCACCGUCGGUAUCAUCAAGAGAGUCAUUGCCGCUGCGUCGUUGCCUGCUUAUGCCAGAUUGUCGGAUAUCUUUGGUCGUCUCGAGUUGUUCUGUAUUUCUUUGGUUUUCAGAAUCGUCGGUCUUGUCAUUAUGUCCCAGGCCCACGACAUCCAGCGUUACUCUGGCGGUAUGGUGUUGUACUCCAUUGGUUCUUCCGGCGGACGGUUCUUGUGGCAGAUCAACUUGUCGGAUGCCUCCAGCUUGAAAUACAGACUUUUGGCCAUUGCCAUUUUGAACCUCCCGGCCAUUAUCAACACCUGGGCGUCGGGCGAAAUCGUGGACUCCUUGUUGGAAAGAUACGACUGGCAGUUCGGUGUGGCCUUGUGGGCUUUCACCUUCCCGUUGGUUUGUAUUCCAUACUUGGGCUGUUCUCUCCACAUGAGGCUCAAGGCCAGAAAGACCGAGGAAUGGAAGGCUAUUUGUGCUGAGGAGAAGGCUUCUACUGUCACUUUGAACGAGAAGUUGGCCCGCUACCAGCAGGAUUUGGACAACGGCAGCAACAAGCUCUGGGUUUACACCAAGAUGGGGUUUGCUACUAUUUUCUACUGGACCAAAGAGGCUGCUUUGAAGGUGGACUUCAUCGGGUGUAUCAUCAUCAUCUUGAUGCUUGGUCUUAUUAUGGUGCCCUUGACGUUGGCUGGUGGUGUUAAAACCAAGUGGCACCAGGCCUCUACCAUUGUUCCCUUGGUGAUCGGAUUCUGCCUCAUUCCUUGCUUCGUCAUCUGGGAAAUGAAGCUCGCCUCCAACCCGUUGAUUCCUUUCCCAUUGUUGAGAGACAGAGGUAUUUGGGCUGCUCUUGCCAUGGGUGUUAUUUACACUGUGGUUUCUGGCAUGCCCAACUCGUACGCUUACCCUGUGUUGUAUGUGGGUAUGAAUGCCAGCAAGGUGGUUGCUACCAGAACACCAUUGCUUCUCCACUUUGUUUGUGCUUUGACCUUGCCAGUUAUUGGUUUCGUGUUGGCCAAGGUCAGAAGAACCAAGGCUUUCGUCUUGUUCGGUAUCAUGGUGUGGUUCAUUGCCAUGGGUCUUUUUGUCCACUUCAGAGGCGACAACGACGGUGUUCGUGGUAAGUACUUCCGUGACGGUGUGGCUGUCGGUAUGUGUUUGCUUGGUUUCGGCCAGGGUUUCUUCAACAGACUUGUCGUUGUUUCUGCUCAGUCUUGUACCAACCACGAGUACAUGGCUGCUGUGACGGCCGUGUUUAACGCCAUCUACCAGAUCGGUAGUUCCUUUGGAAGAUGUAUUUCUGGUGCCAUCUGGACCCAGACCAUGUACCCUACCAUCAAGAAGCAAUUGGAGAAGUUGGGCCAGGAUGUCGCUUUGGCUAAGAAGGCCUAUGACGCUCCAUACGACUUUAUGGAAGACCACGCCUGGGGAACUACGCCCAGAAUUGCUGUUGUUUUGGCUUACGCUGAGGUUCAGAAGAAGCUCUGUGUCGUUGGUCUCUGUCUCUGUGUUCCACUCUUGUUUUUUGGUCUUUUCUUGAGAGACCACUUCUUGAGUGAUGCCCAGUCUUUGGAGGAUGCCGAAGACGAGGAGAACAAACACCAGAAGGGCGAAAUGAAGGGCACCAAGAUGGUAUUCACCGACGACAACGACCCUAUCUUCAAUAUAUUGAGAAAAGGCUACCGGGCUGUGAAGUUCUGGUGA